ACUAGUGGGUGUAUAUCAUUAGCUCUCCUUACAGGUGCAAUACUAGCGUUCCAGAUUUUUCUCAAGAUAAGAAAUUUGUGACGGCAGUGAAUAACCGAGUCAAAUAAUUCCACACGACAGCGCACCACCUCACGACUCGGUCCACCAUUCUCUCCAUCUCCGCGUGUGCAAGCAUUUGUGUAACUGUAUUGAUUAGAUUUACCGCGAGACCAUCUCAACUGAGCGGGAAGAAACUCAGAAACCAAGACGACGGCUUCCUGGCAAGAGGAACGAUGCAGCCACGAUGUGGCAUCGAAUCGUCUACUUUUUCUAUCUUCAAGGUUGAAAGCGAAAUAUCGCGGAAUUGAAUAUUCUCGCAGUCAGAGUUCAUCGAUUACCGGUUUCCAGAACGGACAACAACCACUGCGGGAACGUAAGCGUAAGAAAUGCAGUGACCCCGGAGCCAUUAAAGGGCGAAAAGAUAAGACUUCUACAGCACACUUCUUGCAGAGAUUCAAUUAUGCCACGACCAAAUUCUGCAGGCUGGGAGAACGCUGGGAGCCUGAAUCCUCACCGCGUGCUGAUCGACUUCCUCGUCAUAAUGUUCGGGAUCUCAGCAUGGAUAGGCGUGAACGGAAUUUAUGUGCAGUUGCCACUGUUGAUUUCAGUGGCUCCGGAAGGCUGGUCACUACCUGCUUACAUAGUCGUAGUUAUUCAAACUGCGAACAUCGGCCCAGUGGUCUACGGUCUUUCACGCAAAUUUUUCCCCCAUUUGACCACCGAAUCCAUGUGGAUAUCGGCACUCCUUGUACUUGGCACGAUAUCCAUGGGACUGUUGGCCUUUUCGUACGACGUAAAGACAACCAUUAACGGAGUAGAGCACAGUUUAACGUUGCUGGUUUUGAUCUUCACUACGGCGUUGGUCGGAUGCUCCAGUUCCGUGUUGUUCAUACCGUAUUUGAGAAACUUCGAAGAAGUUCAUCUUGUGUCCUUUUUCAUCGGCGAAGGACUCAGUGGACUUGUACCCAGUGCAGUUGCUCUGAUCCAAGGUGUCGGAGGCAACGCUCCGUGCCACGGACAAGUCUUGAACUCUACCCACGACGUACCGCAUUUUCCCGAAGGAGCAAUGCCAGCCUUUUCACCACGCGUGUACCUUGUCUUUCUCUUUUUCGUUCUGGGAUCAUCAACCUGCGCUUUUUGGAUCCUCGAAGGUCUACCGAUGGCUCGAAGACAACGAGUCGCAAACAAACUGACCAACAACUCGGGCUUUCACGAUUCCACGCAACUUUAUACCGGUGAAAAAAACACAAUUUCCGAGAAGGAUUGUGAACGGUUCGGGAUGCCCAUGGACGGCCAGGUCAAUGAGAUAAUCGACGUCUCGAGUCAAUCGGAUGUGGAAACAAGACAAGAGAGCGAAUGCGGACCGCAUUCGAAUCCCAGGUCCUCCGGGCUAGGGGCCAAGAGCAAGGGUUACCUUUUCAUGCUGAUGGGUCUCAUCUGUUUAGGGGGCAACGGCUUCUUACCUGGGAUACAAUCCUAUUCUUGUCUCCCUUACGGUAACUUUGCGUACCAUUUGACGGUGACGAUGGCUCACCUUGCGAACCCGAUUGCCUGCCUUCUCGCUCUUUGGCUGUCGUCUCCGAGUCUUCGUGGCAUCACGGGGAUUGCAGCCCUCGCCUUUGUUGCAGCUUCGUACGUAACUUGGCUCGCAUUUUUGUCUCCCACGCCCCCAUGGCGCAGUUCCAGGAUUGGCAUCGUUCUUGUCAUUGUUGCUUGGAUAUUUCUGACCGGUCUUGUCACCUAUGCAAAACUCGCCAUUACCGCAAUAUUCAGAAGAGAGCCGGGCCCUAAAGAACUGUUUUACGUGGGUAUUGUCACCCAAGUUGGAUCCGCCGUAGGUGCUGCAUUCUCCUUUUCUCUCACAAACUACACAACACUGCUCGUACCGUACUCGACGUGUGAGCCAUCGGCGUGACUUACACUUCGGAUGCGAGGAAAUCAACGACGCGGUGUUA